GCCGCGGGGUGGCGGCAGCGGCGGCGGCUGGGGCCGGGCCGCGGCGGGAACGGGCCGUGCCCGGCGGGGCGCAGCAUGGAGAGCCCGGCGGUGACCUUCACGCUGGCCUACCUGGUGUUCGCCGUCUGCUUCGUCUUCCCGCCCGACGAGGUGCGCUCGGCGGGGCUGACGGUGCAGAGCCUGCUGGCCGCCUGGCUGGGCAGCGAGGACGCGGCCUUCGUGCAGUACCACCUGCGGCGCAGCACCGGCACGCUGCUGGCGCACUCCCUCUUGCCCCUGGGUUAUUACCUUGGUAUGUGCUUUGCUGCACCUGAAAAACAUCUUUGUUUUUUCUACCUGGCUUCAAAAGGGUGGAAAACUUUCUUCUUCUUCGCUGUUCUCUUUCCAGCAGUCACCAGUGCCCUGGCAUAUUACUGGUCUCGGAAAGGUUGGAAUAAUCAUCCGUUGGCCCGAACACUCGCUGUUCAUGCUCUCCCGCAGUCGGGUUGGAGGGCAGUAGCUUCUUCCAUCAAUAUGGAAUUUAGGAGAAUCGACAAAUUUGCUACCGGGGCCCCAGGAGCGAGGGUGAUUGUUACGGACACAUGGGUGAUUAAAGUGACCACCUACUGUUUACACGUUGCCCAGCAGCAGGACAUUCAUUUGACGGUCACGGACUCCAGACAGCAUGAACUCACCCCAGACUCAAAUAUGCCUGUGCAGUUCCUCACCAUCCGUGUUGCCAGUAUUAAUCCCUACGUGAAGGCAUUUGAUAUCCGGUUGAACUCCACAGAGUAUGGAGAGCUCCGAGAAAAGCUCCGUGCUCCCAUCAGCAAUGCAGCUAAUGUUGUAAUCCAUCAAAGCCUUAGUGAUUUGUUUCUAGAAACCUUUACAUCUCUGGUGGAAAUUAACCAGACGUAUCCUGUUCCAGGCACUCAGGAGCUGGAGCCAUGCAUAGGAUGUAUGCAGACUAUCGCUAACAUCAAGCUCAUCAAGAACUGCCAGGAGCCAAACGAAGGGGAAUGCCAGCAAUGCUACUGUCGUCCCAUGUGGUGCCUCACCUGCAUGGGCAAAUGGUUUGCCAGCCGACAAGAUCAGCAGCACCCAGAGACCUGGCUGUCGAGCCAAGUGCCUUGUCCGACUUGCCGAGCCAAAUUUUGCAUUUUAGAUGUUUGCAUAAUACGAUGAAUAAUACUUGGGUAUGUUUUAACUUUUUAAAUUUGAAUGUAUUUCAUAGUGGGUUUGGUUAAAAAGCCUCUUAGAUUUGUUUCUGAGACUUCAUGUUCUACAGGGGUGCAAAUUCCAAAGCUUUCUUUUACAGUGUUGAAAACAGAUGUAAAUCUUUUCAGUUCCUCUCCACUUUUACCUGUAUCUUUGUUUUUUAUUCACCAGAUGUCAGUACCUGGAAUUUUUUUUUUUUUUUUAACCCAUAUUUUGCUUUCUUAUGUCUUGGAUGGAAUAAGGGUAUCCCUCUGUAUUUGCAGUACUAUUCUCUUUUCAAGUAUUAACAUAGGUUAAAUUCUUUAAAUUUUUAAAUUUAACUUGGGUUUUGAUUCUUUAGUAAAGGGCUGAGAAAAUUACUUUGGUUAAACUUCAUUGAUACUUUUGUUCUUCCUUAAUGCAUUUGUAAAGUUCUUAUUAAUCUUUGCAGGUGUUCACCAAACAAGUAUCCCAGAUGCGUUCCUUCUGCUGGUCCCCUCCACUUAUAAAGGGAUCGGUUUCUGUAGGCUAAGGAAUUUAAUCCCUGAAGAUGUACAACUCCCAUAGGCACCUUUUAUUCCAUUUAUCUGCCUCUAGCUUAUUUUUUGAUGGAUGUAUUUAUUUCAAAUAACAGAAGGAUUCAGAAACAUACCCCAUUUACUUACACUGCUAAUGCUAUGCAUCGUUAAAUCUGUUGGUUUCCAGGAGCUACACUGCUUAGGGUUUCAAUGCUCUUUAGGUGAUGGACUUUUUUUUUAUCCAUUUGAAGGGAGUGCAGCAAACAUCUGAACUGUCUAAAUACUCUGAAAGAAUGCACAGCUAUUUUGAAGCCUGUAAGUUUUUUCUGAGGGGUAACCUUUGCCCUGAAAGAGAUGCCAAGAUCGCAGAAGGUUUAAGUUGCCGUGCUAGAUGCCUAAAGAAUGACCAUCAUUAACAAAAGUUUUUCAGGCUUGCAAUUCAAAAACUGAUCAUAAGCAGUAGUCAGUUUUAAUAUUCAUAGGGUACCGAUGCACACUUCUUGAUCUGAUCUGCAUUAGGAUAAUUUGUAAAUUAAAAUCAAAGCAUUUUCCAUACAUUUAAGGAGCCCUACUCCUACACCUGAAUGCAAUGCUUAGUGUUCUAGCUGUCCAUCACACCCUUCAAUGAACAAUUAUUUGGCAUACUGCUUGGUGGAAAGCUUCAAGCUGGUGGAGAAUUGUGUGAGUUCUUACACUGACCUGUGCAUUGCAGGGGCUGAGAUGCAGGUAUUCUCUUGCUUGGGUUGUCCAUCUUAGAGGGGUAGUAAUCUCAGGCAACCAGGUGGGUCAAAUAGCGAAAGGAAUAUUUUAAUGCUUUGGUCUAGGAGUUUGAUCUUACCAGUAAAUCACUAGCAUAGAUGGCAUGCCAGUGAUUACAUGAAAACAUCUUGAUUACCAUGACAGGUAACUGCUUUGAGCAGGAAUAGGUGGCAGAAUGUUAAAAACGGUACAAGUACUGUAAGCACAACCAUGAAAGAUUUCAUUAGAGUCUCAGCCUAGCUUCGGUUGCAUGGUGAAUGCACUGAACUGCGCGUAGAGCCAGUCAGCCAGGAAAUGGUUAUGAAUGUGGCUGCAAGCCAUAUUUUGGAGAGGGAUAAGGAAUUGAGAAGAGAUUUGACAGCAUCAUUUGAGAACUAACAUAUAUGUUAUAUUGUUGGUGGUGUUGGGGGUUUUUUGUUGUUUUUUUUUUAAUAAUAUGCACUUAUAAAAGUCCAAACUCUUUGGGUUUAAGGACACUAGUUGCUUGAGAAUAUCUCAGUUGUUACAUAUACAACAUCUACUAUGCAGUUAUCUAUACUACCUAUUAAUAAGGGUGAUUUUUCUGUUUCUCGUUACCUUUUGCUUUGUACUGCAUAGAGUGAAAAUUUGACACAGAGACUGGUAGUAUGGCUUUGUCUCUCUUUUCCAAAGAGAUCUUAAGUGGCAUGCCCCUCUUCAUCUGCAUAGGAUUAAAUUGAGUUCCUGAGUUUCAGACAGAUUUGUUGACAAGUCUGAAAAUUAAUAAAAAAUCAAGGAGCCGAUCAGUGAUUGAAUUUUAAAUAUUUUCCAGUACUUCUGUUGGAAGUUUGAAAUGGUCUCUGCAGGAUUUUUUAACCUUUGGAAGAUUCUUACAGGGUUGGGUGGUGUCAUCUGACAUGCACCUCCUCACAACACAGCAGCCUUUACAAAUAAGCAUUUUGUACCAUUUAAUUCUGGGAAGUUUACAUAAUGUGGCACAGAUAUAAGGGAUGUGGUCCUUGAAAUAGUUGCAGAAGAGAGGGUAGGAUUUUGGAGUUGUGGUUUUGCCACUGACAGGCAUUCAAUUCCUACAGCUCUUUUCCUCUUUGGAAUAAAAAUAUUUAUUGUAAAGAUGUGUGAAGUUAAAAUCAUAAAGGCCUCAAGAAUCUUAGAUACAUGUAGUUGCAGAUGGUUUUAUAAAAGAAAAACAGGUCAGUUGCCAAUAGUAUCUCAUGUAAUAAGAGCUUUAGUCUCCUACUUGCUUGUGCAGUGGAGUUGUUCUUUACAGAAAUCUACUUUGAAUUGUUUGGAAGUUUUCGUUUUAGUGGAACUUUGCUUUUAUUCAUCUUACUUCUUUUGCCAAUAUAACAGGACGACAAAGUAACAGUCAUAAAUGUAUAAUACUCUUGCAUCUUUUAAUUGUAGUGCUCUAUCCACAGAAGUGCCUCAUAGAAAACUUAGUGAAAAUUACCAAAAUAAAAUUAUGAUUUAUGUUAGCAAUAGUGCCUGGCUUAAAUUCCUUAAAACAAGCAUUUUUUUCCAAGUUUAAAUUCUAAGAGUAAUCUGGCAUGCCUCCAAAGUUUUUAAGCUUCUUAAAGACUGUGUUAGACAACCAACUUGUUAAAAAUCCGUAUGACGUAUUCUUCUUAGAGACAGUAGAAGGAGAAACCAUGAUGUCUCCCUGCACAGUCAUGGGAUAUCUUAUUUGUCUUGAAUAAAGCACUGAACAUGAAAAUAAUAGAGUACAAAAAUAGGCAUUUGUCUUUGUGAUAGCUUCGGGUCAUCAACCGAAGAACCACAUGCACGUAUAGGGCUGUUCUAGAGAAGAUCUCUCUCUGCAGUAAAAAGAAAUACAUUGCCUCCCACCCAAUCUUGAUACGUUUCUUUAACAUAAGAAUAGGGUUUAGAAUUGGUCUUUUUACAGCACUUUUCUAAGAAAAAAAUGAACCAAGUAAUAUGAUGGGCUAAAAUACUUAAAGAAUUUUCUUGAAUUAUUAGUGAUUUAGUGUUGCUUUUUCAGCUGUGUGUAUGCUUUUCCACAUCACUGACUUGUGGGUGGGCAAUGUUAGUAAUCUGAAGUAUGUUAUAUAAAUGUAAUGUCAUUACAAUAAGACAAUCUAUAUGCGGGUGCACAGUGUCAGUAUAAAUACCCCAUAUGUGUGUAUACAUGUGUAGCCCCAAUUUCCCGAUGUGCUGCAGCUGAACAGGCGUUUCUGAAAACAUGGGCUGCGGCUGUAUUAAUUACGUCCACAGUUGUGUUAUUUCUGUAAUUCCAGCAUUCCAGAAAAUACUGGCAAAAUAUGUUAUCUGUUGAUGUUUUAGGUUAACAUAGUUUGCUAACCCAAAAAAGGCACUUUGUCCAAGCAGGAUAUAUUUUGAAUCCAUGAUAUGAAUGCAGUUGCUUACCAUGAGGCGUGCCAUAACUUGAAAACGAAAUACCAGGUUAUGAUGUGAUCUCUUCAGUAUGAGUAUUUUUGUUGUGUUGAAACUUGGUAGACUGCAGCUAUGUACCAUUCCAGUCAGGCUAAACCUCAGUAAGACAUAACUGACUAAAGUUGUGGGUGCCAUUUCUUAAGAAAUGUUGACUUUGAGAUAUUUAAGGAGUUGAGAUACAAAUAUUCAAGCUUUUACAUGCAUUACAAGACAUUUUCUUCCAAAGAUAUACCACAGGAUUUGUUAUUUGUGGUGGUUUUUUUUUUUUUUACCUAGAUAGUUUACCUAUUUUAAAAUGGACAAUAUUACUUGGAUAGCCUUUAAGGAAAAGGCUUAAUGAAUACAUGUAGUUAAUCUUAGAACUCUCUGAAGAGCUGAAUAAAAAUACAAUUGAUUUUA